AUGAAUGUCGAACGUGGUCUCGAGUCCAGCGAUGAUCUGGCUCUGGCCCGACUGGGCAAGAAGCAGGUGCUGAAGCGCCGAUUCAACUUCAUGGCGAUCGUCGGGUUCGCUAUGGCCGAGUUGAUUACCUGGGAGACCGUUCUUACCCUAUUCUCUCAGUCAUUCGAUAACGGUGGUCCCGCGGGCGCCUUCUAUGGCUAUAUCAUUGCCUGUUUGUCUACGCUAUCCACAUAUACGGUCAUCGCUGAGCUGGCCUCCAUGGCGCCCAUUGCCGGAGGACAAUACUACUGGGUCUACAUGCUCGCACCCAUGCGCUGGAAGAAGGUCAGCAGCUACUUGAUUGGCUGGUUGACCUCCCUUGCAUGGAUCGCCACGAUCGCGACGGAGACCAUCUUCCUCGGCACAAUGAUCGAGGGUCUCAUCACAUUGAACAACCCAGAUUUUGCCCAGCAGCGCUGGCAGAACACUCUCCUGGCAUGGGCGAGCGUCGCGGGCACCUUCUUCAUAAAUGUCGUGGUGCCCAAUAUUCUGCCCCGUUUCGAGAUCUUCAUGUUGGUUUUGCAUUUGGCCGGGUUCAUCGCGAUCACAGCGGUGCUCCUGGCCAUGUCUCCCAAAAAAUCAGCUGAUUUCGUCUUCCACACCACUUUGAAUGAAGGCAAUUGGCCUACACAAGGCAUCUCAUACUGUGUUGGCUUUAUUGGAAACAUUGCCACUUUUGUCGGCGCCGACGCGAGUGUCCACAUGGCCGAAGAAGUCGCCAAUGCCGCAGUGGUGAUCCCUCAAGCGAUCAUCGCGGGCAUGUCCAUCAACAGUGCCCUCGGAUUCUCGAUGAUGCUCACGGUGUUGUUCUGCCUGGGCGAUGUUGAAUCUGUGCUGAACACUGCUACAGGAUUCCCUUUUAUCCAAAUCUUCUACGACGUGACGCACUCGUACGCAGGCGCGUCAGUCAUGACCGCCGUCAUCAUGGUGCUCACCAUGGCCUGCUCAAUCGGUAUCACGGCCACUGCAUCUCGUAUGACCUGGUCUUUUGCCCGAGACCAGGGCUUACCCUUCUCCCGGUAUCUGAAGAGCGUGAACGCUCGCACCCAAGUCCCCAUCGUAUCUGUUACCGUAGUCUGCGGUCUCGCAUGUGCCCUGACGCUCAUCUACAUCGGCUCCACCACUGCUUUCAACGACGUCAUCUCCCUUACCGUGACUGGAUUCUACAGCACCUAUUUCCUCCCAAGCGCGUUCCUUCUCUACCAUCGCAUCAAGGGAAACAUCUUGCCCCAUGGUACCAUAAUGGACGGCCUCCCGGAUGCCGCCGUCACUGCCGCCAGCACCACUGCCAACUCCACCGAAAAAGCUCCUACCCCGGUGCGCCCAAAGAGCCCGGUUGACAAGCAAAUCCCCAGUCCAAGUCUAUCCCAGAGCCCCGAACGCGACAUGCCCGAGAAAAGGGGUAUCCAGCCCACUGAGUAUGACAUUGCCCAGGCACCUCUGAUCUGGGGCCCAUGGAAGGUUCCCGGUAUUCUCGGCACUAUUAACAAUGCGUACGCUUGCGUGUAUAUGCUAUUCGUCAUCUUCUGGAGUGUGUGGCCUCCAGAGACUCCCGUGGAUUACACGACCAUGAACUACAGUAUAGUUGUCACUGCGGGCGUGCUGAUUCUUAGCGGUAUCUGGUACUUUGUUCGUGCCCGGAAAGAAUACUCCGGCCCUCUGAUUGAUGAGGAGGUUGCUGAAAUCAUGCACCUUGCCCCCGCAGCGGUUGCCGCGACAGUCCCAAAGACAGACUAG